CAACGUGUUAUAUUUUACAAAAAUAGACAUGCCGUUUGUAUCAAAUGAAAGCGAUUUUUCAAUUAAACAUCUGUUAUGCGUGAAAUUACUCGUUACGAUACCGUUUACGCAAUUCUAGCCACAUCCACACCAAUCUAGGGAUUUUUCAUUAGUCACUAAAACAACUGUCAUUUUGUUCGCAAAAGUCAAAUCCACCGAUAAUUUUGAAUGUUUGUUUACGCCAAAAAUGUGGGAAAGCCUUAUUUUUCAAUGGGAUUUUUAUUUAUUUCGUCAUUAUUAAGAACAAACGUACGAUUUUGUAGCAAGAAAGCCCCCACCAUGAAAUAUUUAAACGUAGCCGAGAAAAACGACGCCGCCAAAAACAUAGCGGCCAUUCUGUCCAAGGGGGCCUCAACAAGGCGAGACAGCUUCUCCACCUAUAACAAAAUCUACGAAUUCGACGGCACCGUUCAAGGGCAACAAGCACGAAUGGUGAUGACUUCGGUCUCAGGACAUUUGCUAGGUUACGAAUUCGCAGCGGGUUUUCGUAAUUGGAGAUCGUGCAACCCGGUUGCCUUAUUCGACGCACCGGUGGUUAAAAUGUGCGCUGAAGAUUACCAAAAAAUUAAGAGGACUCUAGAACACGAGAUUAGGUUCUGUCAGGGUUUGAUUAUCUGGACGGAUUGCGAUCGUGAGGGCGAAAACAUCGGCUAUGAAAUUAUUAAAGUGUGUACAGACGUCAAACCUAACCUAAGAAUUUACCGGGCGAAGUUUUCCGAAAUCACCGGGCCGUCCAUAUUCCGGGCUUUGAACACGCUGGGACAACCUAAUAAGAACGUAAGUGACGCUGUUGAUGUAAGACAGGAACUAGAUUUGCGAACAGGGGCCGCUUUUACUAGGCUUCAGACGUUGAGGCUGCAACGAGUCUUCCCGACGAAGCUCGCUGAUAAACUGAUUAGCUAUGGGUCGUGUCAGUUUCCCACGCUGGGGUUCGUGGUUGAGCGCUACCAAGCGAUCGAGGAUUUCAUUCCGGAACCGUUUUGGAAAAUCAAAAUGAACCACAAAGUCAAAGACAUCACGACGGAAUUUUCGUGGAAGCGCGAUCGAUUAUUUGAUAAAAACGCGUGUGAAGCGAUUUUAGACAUCUGUAAAGAAAAUCCGACUGCCACUGUUGAACAAGUCCAAGGUAAACCCAAAAGUAAAUGGAGGCCGGUUCCUCUCGACACGGUUGAAAUGGAAAAAAACGUUUCAAAGAAGUUGAAAAUUAACGCGAAAGAAACGAUGAAAAUAGCCGAGAAGUUGUAUAGUCAGGGGUACAUAAGUUAUCCGCGUACUGAAACCAAUAUUUUUCCGAAAGAACUGAAUUUGGCGAAUUUGGUUACUCAGCAGCAGGGUGACAAUCGGUGGGGGGGUUUCGCCCAACGGGUGAUGGAUGAAGGGGGCCCCAACCCUCGACAGGGUAAAAAGUCUGAUCAAGCCCAUCCUCCCAUACACCCAACAAAGUAUACAAACAAUCUACAAGGGAACGAACAACGGGUUUAUGAAUAUAUAGUCAGACAUUUCUUGGCUUGCGUACACAAAGAUGCGCAAGGGUUUGAAACGAUAGUCACUGCGGAUAUAGCCGGGGAGAAAUUUAUAGCCAAGGGGUUGCUAAUUUUGGAGAAGAAUUAUCUAGAUGUGUAUAUUUACGAAAAAUGGAACGCUAAAGAAAUCAAUCAUUACGAACAAGGGGAUACUUUUACCCCCACCGUGUUAGAAUUACACGAAAGUGUGACCUGCGCACCUAAACUACUAACAGAAGCUGAUUUAAUUGCCUUGAUGGAAAAACACGGAAUCGGGACAGACGCAACCCAUGCUGACCAUAUAGAUACCAUCAAAAGUAGGGAAUAUGUGGGACUCCACGAAAACACCUACUUCGUCCCAGGAACUCUCGGAAUGGGUCUGGUAGAAGGCUACAACAACAUCGGGUUGGAAGUCAGUCUAGCCAAACCCAUCCUACGCGCCGAAUUUGAAAAAGAUUUAAAACUGAUUUGUGAUGGGCUAAAAGACCCAGAGGUGGUCAGAAGAGAGCAAAUUCAAAAAUAUAGAGCCGUUUUUGAGACCGUGGUAGAACGAAUGAGGCAAAUCGACGAAAGUCUGGCUAAUCGUUUAGAUGACAGACCCCAGGUGGUUCAGGAUGAGCAGUUCGAGAAUGCUACAAUCAUACCAGUAUUAAAGUGCCCGAAAUGCGGCAACGACAUGCAUUUAAAAAACAGGAAGAACGACGCAGGGAAAUAUAUAGGGUGUUCAGGAUAUCCGGGUUGUAAGAACGCCAUUUGGUUCUCUCAGAAUGUGGAGAGUAUAGAGGUGCUAGAAGAGAGUUGUCAAAACUGCGGCCCACACGUCAAAAAAUUAAAAAUGAAAUUCAGACAAAACAUUUUCUUGGGCGAACCCAACCCCAACACCCUGUGUAUUGGUGGUUGCGACUUAAACGUCCUUGAAGGUCUGGAAAUCAACCCCUCUUCUGUAAGAAACACGGGAAAUCCAAGACCGCCACCACCUGUAAAUAACCGACCGCCACCACCUGUAAAUAACCAACCCCCGCAACGCAACAACGUCAACCACACCGUGAUAAAUAAUGUCAAUAAUCAUCAUAACCCGGAACCUCGUCGCAGUAGUUGGCCAAACACGUCACUCAUGGCCACUCCAGGUCCCUCAGGAAUGUCCAACAGGAGUCAUAGCGAAGACAACGAAAUCGUGUGUCAGUGUAACCAGGAAGCUAUACAAUUAACGGUGCGGAAAGACGGGGCCAACAAAGGACGAAAAUUCUACAAGUGUAAAAACCAAACCUGCGAUUUCUUCCUGUGGGCAUCCGAAGACGGAAAUGCCACUAGAGUCGUCACCCAUAACGACGACAACGAACUUAAAUGUAACUGUGAUACGCCCGCUGUUAGGAGGACGGUGUCAAAGGAAGGGCCAAAUAAAGGGCGGACGUUUUAUUGUUGCCCGAAGCCAAUGGGACAAGGGUGCGGGUUUUUCCAGUGGGCGGAUGAGGAUGAUGAUCGCGGCGGAGGCGGAGGCGGCGACGGCGGCGACGAUAACGACGACAGAGGCUUAGGAGGGCGGAAUUUCAAAAACACGUGGAAAGGAAAAACCAACAAAACAAAAAACAAUCGGACCGCCCCCUACAACAACCAAACGAGAGCCAAAAGGAAAUGUGGAAAGUGUAGGCAAGAAGGUCACACAAGAGACAAGUGCCCAAAUUAGAAAAAAUAUUUUCUUUGUAACGUUAAGAUCUAAAUACAUGUUUAUUUUUAUAACUAA